AUAUAUUUAGCAUUUGCAGAGCUUGUGGUAAGUAGGGUGUUGCCUAAAUACAAUUAGCCGGUCAGAUGACUGGAUCCCUACUCUUGUGGCUUUCAAACUGUUAUAAGGAUACUGAAUUUAAUAUAACUAAAUGUCAGAACUAUAAAUAAAAAAGGAACUAAUGCAUCAAUAUUCAGAUUGGCGAUUUGAAUUCUGAAUGAAGAGGACAUUACCCUUGGCAGAAGAUAAGAGUUAAGCUAGUUUGUUUUUUUCCGCUGGCAGGAGGAAGGAUGUCAUUCUAUCUGUGUGUCCCACAGAAACCUUGGAAUGGUUUCAUGUAUGUUUAUAGCAGCCGUCACCGGACUCUUUCUUAAAUUCUGACGUAUAAUAUCUGGAGAAAAGCCACAUAAAAACAUGUUUUAAUAUCAGGACAAUGCUUUUGUUCCUUCCCUUCUGAGACAGUUGGUAUCUUGCACGUCACUCACACGAUUAAUUCCAUACUGCGUUUAAGGUGAGCUGACUCUGCCUUUCUGCUUUACAAGCGAUGCUGCAGAAUGCAUCACUUGCAAGCCUGACAUGGCAGUUGGGAUUAAUGCCUUCUCUUCUCUAUGCUGUGCUCUGAAUCCAUUAUACGCUGCUGAGCGUUUCUAACGUCAGUAUGUAAAUACCCUGCCUGUCAUAAGACACUGUGCCUCCAGCCUCUGCAUCCUACGUUUAAACAUUGCAUCACCAUUUUUAUAGCCAGCAUUUUGAUAACCACUUUAUAAGAAAAACACGGCCCUGAAAACAAACUGCAGACAGUAACCAGCUGGUAUUAAUCUUGUUUUUAAUCCUGUCUUGUAUUUACUCAGCUAAAUAAUGUAUGCUGUAUUGUUAAUUAAUGUGAAUAUCAAAUUAAAGAGCCUGAGAACGAAUAUGUUUGCUAUUCAGGUAGGAGGGACGGAAAAAAAUCUAUUUUUAACUCUUGCGUAGCUCGGUAGCCUGGCUUGAGCUUGCAGAAGUCGUGAGGAGAAGAUUGAACCUCCAGGGGAUGUGACAAGUGGCCUUUUUUUUGCAGUGGUCAGUCUUGACACCCUUUUUAUAUAAAAACAUGAGAUCAAUGCAAUGCAGCAUGGAGAAAACCCGGAGGUGGAUUCUUAUUACUUCCACAAUCCAUUUCCCGAUUGCAAAUCCAUUUCUCAUGAAUAACCUUCGUCUGAGCUGCUUUUCAGCUGAUUUUACCGACGACAGCAACUCAGAACCAUGAAGCGAGGAACAAAUUAAAAAAGGUUUAUUUUUUUCUUCAGCUGCGCAAUACGCAGGAAGAUCGAAUGUAUAUACAUUGUUAACACACCCUUAAAUGGUUCGUACAGGUAACUGCUGGUAGAUCAGGAUGUGUAGUUCAGAAGAUAUAGUGGACUGUCUUCAUGGGGAAACCCUGCUUUGCAGUCUAAAUGAGCAACGAAUGCAGGGAUCCCUGUGUGACAUCACUAUAGUGGUGGAAGACACAAAGUUUAAGGCCCAUAGGAAUAUCUUGGCAGCCUCCAGUUUAUAUUUCAGAAACCAGUUUCUAAGUCAGAGCAUCUUAAUUCAGGGUCACGUACUAGAACUCACAGAUUUCAAAGCAGACACAUUCACAGAGAUCCUAAAUUAUAUUUACAGCUCCAAGAUAGCAGUGAAAAGAAAAGAAGCAUUAACUGAUCUUGCUGAUGCUGGGAAGAAACUGGGAAUAACCUUCCUUGAAAAUAUAAAAAAUGAUAACCAGGGUUGCAAGCGAUCAUCUUUGUCGGCACCUCCUGACCGUUCAGAACCUGAGACCAAAAUGCCACUUUCAUUUUAUCAAGGGGAGAAUUGCCUAAAAUCAGAAAAUGUGGAGAAAAAGGGGGAUGAUCCAGCUAUUGCUAGUGGACCAAGGAUCACCAAUGCUUUUUCUAUUUUAGAAACGGAAGUUAGUGUGUUUUCUCCCCUUGAUUUAAGAGCAAGUUUUAAGAAGACCAGCAAUAGCACACAUGAGUCUCAGAGUGGUGGAGACUGUGCUGAUAGGAUUUGCAGUGAUGGAGAACCUGUGAAUACACUGGCUGAACACUCUUAUGCAGUGUCCUCCGGAGACGUUACAUAUAAAAGGGAUUCUGCAUUUGAUCAAGAAAGAAAUGAGGAAAGCACAAUGCCUCAAACACUUCCUAUCAUCCAAGAAACAAAGCCUGAUACAACCAUGCCUGUUCUAGAACCACAAUGCUUUGUCCCACAAGGCAUAAUCCAGAACUGCACGUCUAUGGUUAGCAUGAACUGCUCAGAGAAUGAGCAAAUUCCAAAGCCGGCUGACUUCUACAGCUGUAGAGAAGAUGAAAGUAAUGUACCAGAGCUUCCUCAGGAGAACUCAACUUCUUUCCAACCCUUCCACGAGCAAGCAUUAUAUCCACUUCCUAAUAAAACACAAGGAGUGUUUACCUGCAAAAACUGUGGCAAAGACUUUGCACAUCUGAAACGUUUGCAGAGGCAUGAACAAAUUUGUUUUAAGAUGGUACUCACUAAUAAAAACAUGGGAAUGGCAGAAAACAUGUCUAGCGAAACUUCAGCUGACACAAUAUGCAACCCUACAGAAUCUGACCAAAACACCUUCCCUAGUAUCACAUCACCUGGAACUGAUCACUUUGUAAAGAUAGUGGAUGGGAAGAUAUUCUAUGUUUGCAUUGUUUGCAAACGUAACUAUGUAACUCUGUCUAGUCUUAGGCGGCAUUCAAAUGUGCACUCAUGGAGAAAAUCCUACCCUUGUCACUACUGCAACAAAGUAUUUGCAUUAGCAGAGUAUCGUACAAAACAUGAAAUCUGGCAUACAGGAGACAGGCGGUACCAAUGUAUAUUUUGUCUAGAAACUUUUAUGACUUACUACAUUCUGAAAAACCAUCAAAAAUCAUCCCAUGGAAUUGAUCCAAGAAUGGGGGUGGGAAACAAAGCUGCCAAUCGAGGCCUCAAACCUAGUAUCUAUCCAUACAAGCUCUAUAGACUUUUGCCAAUGAAGUGUAAAAGGGCAGCCCUGAAACUCACAGCAAAUAAUUCCACAGAACAUAGUGGUUUACAUUUCCAGGGUCAGAAUUCUUAUACAGGUACCAUUGUUCAAAACCCACUUAUUAAUCAGACAUUUCCAUUAGAAAAUCAGGAAAGUUCAUCUUGUCCAUUGGAUGCAUCGAGUGUCUCAACCUCCACUAUAAAUCAAGAUUCCUGGCAGUAUGAGAUAUUACAGUCUGAAAGGAACAUGAAUUUGCCACCUGCUGGAAAAUCUAAUUCUCCUUUGGAAGAGUUGGACUCCACUCCAAAAGAGUGUGAUACUGUAGUUAGUUCUUUUAGCAUUGAAAAUCAGAAUAUUCCCUCUGUUAUAAACUGUACAAAUGCUGCACCAUCUGUGAUUAUGCACAGUAGCAGAGUGUCUUCUGUAAUAAUGCAUGGAAACUCAGUUACAGCUGCAACAAAUGGCUCAGGAUGGUAUCAUGGAAGUACCACUUCCUCUCUUGAAAGAGGUAGAACUAACAAUUCUAACAGCCAAGAUACAGGAAAGAAACAGACAAUAAGAGAAGAUGAUCAAACUGAGAGAUCUAAAACAUCAAAUUCUGUUCAGGAGGAAAAGGAGGUCUCUAGUUCCAUUGCUUCUUCAAAGAAAAACAAAAGUGUUAUUCAGGAAGGAAAUAAAAUGGAGACUUAUAUUGCCAAACCUGCCUUGCCAGGCACUCUUGUAAAUAGUGGUAUUGCUCCUCUUUGUCAGAUAACAGUAAAAAUUGGAAGUGAAGCUUUAGUGAAAAGGCAAAUUUCUGGGUCAUCACUGUACUUCCGAAAAAGUAAAAAAACAAAACACUCCGAGGCUAAAGUGAGCAAAGUAGAGCAAGAUUCAGAUGAAAGUAAGCAGGAGAGAAGAUCUAUUUGUCUAAGAAAGUCAGAAAGCGUCAAGAUGGAAGAGGCAUGUGAUGACACUAGUGACCAAGAUAUAUCAGACAAGCCAUGGCGUCCUUACUACAAUUACAAACCCAAAAAAAAAUCCAAGCACUUUAAGAAAUUCAGGAAGCUUAAGAAGAGAAAAAAACACAGUGGCCUUAGGUCACACGAGGAGAGUGUAAGUGAAAUCGACACUAAGUGCUCAAAUGAAGAUACAUUUGAAGAUGAUAACUACAUAGAAGAAGAUUUAGAGAUAGCUGACAAUGAAUGCACUGACAAGCCAAGUGAGGAAGAAACUGAUGUUUCAGACUGGCAGAUAGCCACCAAGCCUUCAUUCUGUGAGUUGUGUCAAAAAUCUUUUCGUAAUCCAUCAACGUUAAAAGUUCACAUGCGUUGUCACACUGGUGAGAAGCCUUAUCCAUGCAAAACCUGCGGCAAAUGCUUUUCUUUCCCUGGAAAUUUAAAUAAACAUGAACGGAUCCAUAUGGGCGUGAAAAACUACAUGUGUCAAUACUGUAGCAAGUCAUUUAUGCUAAAUGAAACUCUGAAAAAGCAUGAGAGGAUACAUACUGGGGAAAAGAUGUAUGUCUGUCAGUUCUGCCCUCAGCAAUUUCUUUAUUUGUGCACUAAAAAGAAUCACGAGCAAAGACAUCUAUCAGAACGUAGUGUGAAGGGUUUUAUUUGUGUCCAGUGCUCAAAAAUCUGCAAGACAGCAGCAGCUCUGGGGAUGCACCAAAAGAAACAUUAUCUCAAAAGUUUGAAACAGAAAGAAAAGAAAGAUUUUCCAGUUGCUGUAAACUGGAACACUUUCACAAGUCAAUCUUCUAAAGAGUCUGAUAUCAGUAGAGCAAAGAGUGGACCAAACAUGACUGAAAGUUUCUCUCCUUCAUAUGAGGACAGUGGAUCUCCAGUUUUGUCCAUCAACAGUAAUUUCACAGAACAUGAUUCCCAGAGUGUUGGGGCCAUGGGUUUUAUGGAGAAUGUAGAAACUGUUCCAGAACCGGAUAACAGAUAUGGUUCCCCAUCACUACUCUCACCGUCAGUUGAAGUGCAUGGAAGUGUCUUGAGGGAAGUCCCAAAAAGUUGGAAACACUGGAAAUCAAGGCAUUACAACCUGGAUGAGAGUUUUAACUCUGAUAAUUCUUCUACAAGAGAGUGUUCCAAAACGUUCACUGAAUUAAAGACAAUGACAAGCUUUGAUAAUCCAUUUGUUCCUUAGUACAAUUUAAGUGGCGUUUAGGAUCUAUCUGAAACCAAACAUUACAUGUUAUUCACAUUAGUGUGUACAGUAAUAAUUUAUUUCUAAAGCCCUUGGUUGCCAGUGGUCAGCAGUGUUUUGCCGUCCAGAUGGUAUGAUUGCAGUUAAAAUGAAUGUCAUCAGUGUUGUUUAAAAUUCUAAAUAAGUACACUGUCUUAAAACUGAUUUAAAGGGAUAGUAAUUAUCUUGAGAUUUUUAUAUAAAAUGUUUAGAUAUCCAUAAUGAAACUAAUUUGCAGUAUGCUUUCAUUAUUUAUUUUGCCCUCCCUUUCAUGUAAGUCAGCUCUGAAAAUUGUGGAUUUUCUCAUUCUCAGAACGUGAAAUGCAUCACACUGAGUCUCAAGGCUAAAUCUGCUACAUAUCUUCCCUAAUUGGCUUUAUCUGAUAACAAAUUCAAAGCAAUUCACUAACUUUAUGACUGUGGCUAGCCUUGUUGUUUGCAGGCUAAAGCUUGUAUUGGUUUCUCCAAAUUAGGAUAGUGGUGAGUGGAGUGAAUUCCAAUAAAAAGGAUGUUAAAUUGUUUAAAAAUGUUAAAACUUGACUGAUCUGUUAUUCUAUAGAAACAUACAGGUCUUGUAAUUACAAGGUGUUUACUGUCCCUUUAAGAUAGCUAAAGAAGGCUAACUUACAAGAUCUACAUUUACAGCUAAUAAUCAUGUUCAAAAUCCUUGGUUUAUGGGUUACAUGGAGUAUAAAAAUAAAAAAAAUAGGGUGGUAGAACUUCAUGUAUGUGCACUGGUGAGUAAAUGAAACAACAUUAAAGGGACAUGAAACCCCCAUUUUUUCUUUCCUGAUUUAGAAAGAGCGUGCAAUUUUGAACAACUAAUUUACUUCAAUUAGCUAAUUUGCUUCAUUCUCUUAAUAUAAUUUGCUGAAAAGCAUAUGUAGAUAGGCUCAGUAGCUGCUGAUUGGUGGCUGCACAUAGAUGCCCCGUGUGGUUGGCUCACCCGUGUGCAUUGCUAUUUCUUCAACAAAGGAUAUCUAAAGAAUUAAGCAAAUUAGUUAAUAGAAGUAAAUUGGAAUGUAGUUUAAAACUGUUUGCUCUACCCAAAUCAUAAAAGAAAAUGUUUGGGUUUAGUGUCCCUUUAAUGUUUUUGUUAACUCACGCAUGCAUAGUGAUGUCAGUGGUGUUCAUGCAUGUGCAGUGCACCUGUAAGGUCAGAAUGCACAUCUGCAUCACGUUGUGCAUGUGUCACAAUGUUGUCAUCAAUAAGAUGUGCAUAUUUUAAAAUAUGGUUCUUCAGCUGCAAGAGCUCAUGCAAUGGGACUUAAUAUGUAUUUGUCAGAAUAUAAAGGAGGUUUUUUGAACAAAGACUGACAGCCAUGAAUGUGGUUGAGUAAGAUUUCUUAAGAUAUCUUUAAAAGUGUAAAAAGUUUAAACAGUUUUUGUUGCAUUUUUAUUCAGUUAACAGACCCUUUAAAGCAAAGGUAUUUAUUAAGAAACCACAUUUGCAAUUCCUUGUCAAAUGAGCAAUCACUUAGCAAAUGAAGUGCCACCAUCUUGUAUAUAACUACUUUAUCUGUGCGUUGCAGAUAGAGAGAGGUAGAUGGGAGUUUAUAAUGGGUAGGUAGGGGGCCAGAUAUAAAGCUGUGGGCAGUCACAUUAUGGCUCACAAGCCAUAUAUUGGACAAGCCUGUCUUAAAGGGAUGUUACCAUUGGCUCAAAUGUACGAUUGUGUAUAUAGAAGCGCUUGGGUGUGGUUUAAUCAUAAUCAAUAUUUUCAUGUUUACUUUAAGUUUUACUUUUGUAAGUCAGCCUUGGAGCAAUAUAUUCUCACAGGAUCAAUAGCUGCUUUGCUUUUCAAGAAGUUAUACUGCAUAUGUGCAGUAGUUAUAGUUCUUGCAUGUGGGGUCAAUUCUCCUUUUUCUUAAUCUGUGAAGGAGACAAAUAAUGUUAUAAUAAUAAUAAGCUAAAUUAGCAAACCAUUUAUUUCUUGAAAGCAGCAUUAUGAGAUAAUGAGCUCCAAUUAUGGUUGUACAAAAGUGAAAAUUCAUAUACAGUAUAAAUAUACCACCUGGUACAUUUCAUAUUACUCAACUAUACCUUUAAAUACUUCUACAACUGGUUUUUUAAUUGUGACAUUUCAACCAAUUUUAAAUGGACACAAAAAAUAAUAUUACAAACAAACCUUUUUUUAAAAAAAACAAAUGGCUGCUAACUUACUUUGUACACGUCCCAUUGCAUUUCUUGGUCUGUUUAUUUUUAUUAACCUAACACAUCAAUAACACAGUGCCAGUUACUGUACUGGAUAUUAAAAUUACUUGUUUUGUAAACAUAAAAAUAUGACAGCUUAGAUGGAAAGUCCAUGGAAUAUGUGAAUGAAGAAAAUUAAAGUUUUUGCUGGUAAUGUUAUCUAGGGAAUUCAGCAUAGCCAUAACUUUUAUUUGGUGUAUAUUUAAACCCUUAUGUUGGCACUUUGUGAUUUUAAAAUGUUAAAUUUAUUAGAUAUUUGGUACAAAUGUAAAAUAAAGCACACCAUGGGGGCUAUUUAAGAACAUGCGAGCGGAAAGGUUCCGAUAAUGAGGAUCAUGUCCGCUGCACAUCGAUAAAUGCCGACAGCAUGCACUCUUCUGGUGAACUGCUGGUGCAAUACCGCCCCCUACAGAUUUGCAGCCAAUCGGCCGCUAGCAGGGGGUGUCAAUCAACUUAUUGAUUAUUAUUACGUAUUGGAUCGGGUUGAUUUCCGGCAAUGUCUGUUCGCCGCCUCAGAGCAGGCGGACAGGUUAUGGAGCAGCGGUCUUCAUAACUUGUGAAGGCUCGCCAGAAACACGGGGCAUCAAGCUCCAUACAGAGCUUGAUAAAUACGCCCCAUAGGUUCAAUUUUAUGUUGAUAGAGAUAAAUAUUAAAUAAAAGACUAAAUAUAUACUGUCUUUAUUUUACAGUUUUAAUUCAGUGUUUCUAAACUCCAGUCCUCUGAUACCCCUAACAGGCCAAAUUUUCAUGAUAACUUGACUAAAGCAGUGUUUCUCAACAGCGGUCCUCAAGUACCCCCAACAGGCCAGGUUGCAUCUGAACUAGAGCAUAGGGGAAAUAAUCAGCUGAUGGGUGAGAGCAGGUUAGUAACCAUGGUAACUGAUCAGCUGGUAAUUUCACCUAUGCUGUAGUUCAGCUAUAAUGAAAACUUGGCCUGUUGGGGUACUUGAGGACCACGGAUGAGAAACACUGGACUAGAGCACAGAUGAAAUAAUCAGCUGAUCAGUAACUAUGGUUACUAACCUGCUUUUAUUCAUCAGUUGAUUAUUUCACCUGUGCUCAAGUUCAGAUAUCAAGAAAAACUGUCCUGUUAGGGGGACUUGAAGACUUUUGUUUAGAAACACUGUUGUAAAUCUCCAAGACAUAUUUCUCUAUAAUCACAGAGAAAUGUCAAGCAUACGAGUCUAUAUAUAUUGUAUAUGUAUAUAUAGGUUGUUUUUCAAGGAAAAUUAAAUAUUCUUAAAGAGACAUAAAAAGGCAAUAAUAAAAUGCUUUGAUGAGUACUGCUUGCAGAGAUCUGUGUGUUUAACCCCUGCGAUAAUCAUUGCUGGUUUGAACAUGGCCGCUGAGCCAAUCAGCUGUGGCAUAUGUGUAUAGCACCCAGUCACGAGCCAUGUUCAGCUCAGGAUUACAGUAUGUUGCUGCUUUUAAGCUUAUUUUAUGUAGUUAACCCCACAGUCCUGUUCAAGCAUUAGCCAAUGUUAGAGCAUUUUCUUAAUGCUCCUUUAUGCCCCUUUAACUUCACUUACUGUACACUGUUCUAUGAUAUUUUCUGUAGAAUAAUUUGUAAUUAAACUGUACAUAGUUUAAUACAUACCUUUUUAUAAAAUAUCAAAGAUAGUGUAAGUAAUUUACAAGUGUCAGAAAGUGUUUUCUCUAGCUAUAAUAAGGUAAAUAUUUAUUAAAGGGACCCUGAAACCCAAACAAUGUGAUUUCAUGAUUCAGAUAGGCCAUACAAUUUUAAACAACUUUCCAAUUAACUUCUAUUAUCUAUUUGUUUUUCAUUCUCUUUGUAUGUCUAUUUAGACUCAGGAGCAGGGAGCUAGCUGCUGAUUGGUGGGUGCACAUAUAUGACUCUUGUCAUUGGCUUACCAAUGUGUUCAGCUAGUUCCCAGUAGUGCAUUGGUGCUCCUUUAACAAAGCAUACCAAGAAAAUUAAGCAAAAUUGAUAAUAGAAGUAAACAUUUUCUAUAUGAAUCAUGAAAGAAAAAUUUGGGGUUUCAUGUCCUUUUAAGCUGCAUUCACAGCUUUUGGGGCUUUGCAGUUAAGACUUGCACCACUGAGUCUGCAACCAAAAGUUUAAGGAGCAUAAAUUGCUUCUUUUUGACUCUACCACCUCAGAGGUGGCGAGAUUAAUGACCCCAAUACUUGCUUGUUUGGGGUGAUUGACAUACCCUGCUCUUGUUCAGUUGGUUGAGCAAUAGAAGUGGGCGUCAUUGCACAAUAGAGCACUUGUACAGUGUUCAAUUUCGCCAUGCUAUGUUGUAUCGCAAGUGUAGAUUGCAGGCAGACAAAUUCUUUACUCGAGAACGUAUCUGCUUGUAAACUUGAUACAUAUUUACCUAAAUCCAUGCACCAGUCCCAUGUAGCAAAAUCAUCUUAAAUAUAUGAUUAAGGGCAGCAAACCAUGGAAUACUGAGUUCUUUAUAAUAUGAUACAUGCACAGUUAGUCUAAUCUGCUGUCUCUCCCCAGAUAUGAAUAGUACUUGACCCCAUUAAUCUCAUGGAGAAGUUUAUGUUUAAAAUAUUUGAGAUUUCUUAUAAAUGGGAGACAAAAAUAAACAAAUGUUCAUAAAGAGAAUAUGAUAAUGUAAUCUGAUGACAUGAGUGAUUCCUGUUAGUCACAGGUGGAAAGUUUAAUUAAUGUCAAGCACAGAAACAGGGUCUGACAAAUAAAUAUGGAAUUAGUAACCAGCUAUAAUCGAGGAUCCACUGUACAAGCUUAGAGUAGCCAGAGAAUCAUAAUUAGAUAUUAGUUUAAAAAAAAAAAAAAUACAAUUUUAGGAAUGAUGCUAUCCUGGCUGUUGGGAUUUGUCAAGUCCAGCAUUAAAUUAUUGUUAACUUUAGCUAAAUCUCUUGGGAUGGAAAUUAGUGAAAAUGUUGAGCUAAUGCAGAUUGCUGCUUUAUAAUACAUUAUAAUAUACUGCAAAUAAGAUCAAUUGCAAAGCCUAUUAUAUGUGGUACUUAAAGCACUAUUUGGGAUCCAAAUUUCACUUACCUACUAGUACUAUACAGACCAUGUAAUGCAUUAUAUAACAGUAUUUGAAAACCUUACAAGAAAUUAUCAACCGUGAAAACCCUAUAGUGUCUUAUUUAAAAAAAAAAAAAUAGGUGAGAUUUUGCAAAAAGUCUUUAUAAACUGUAACUCAAAAUCUAAGAGCCAAAAAUGUGGCAUAUAAUUUAAUCUAUGCAAUAAUAAAAUAUUUUUGUUUAUGCGUCUUAAUAAAGCUAUAUAGGUAAAUAUGUUUAAGCUUACAUCUAACAAAGAUUGUUAAGAUUUAGAACUCCUCAACUAUAUUACACAUGUAAAUUAUAAUCAAGGAAUCCUAAAUCUAGGCUUUAGGGCUGUGGUUGUCAACAGUGUAGUUGUAUUUCAAGUGAACAAAUGACCGUCUUAAUAAACCUAAAAUAAAUAAACAAAAAAAUAUGUUCAGAUCAUCUCAAAUUUUGUUUAAUUAUUAAAUAAUAUAUUUACCUUGGGAAAUAAAAAUAUAAUUAUAUAUUUUUUUCUUUCUUGAGAUAAAAUUACACUGCACCUAAUCCAUUAGUAUUAAAAAAUCUGCACUUUAAUUUAUUUUAAGUAUUUUUUUAAUAUUUACCCAAAAAGUCUACCAUGGGACAUUUCCCAAAAAGUAUGCAAUAAAGAGUAUGGUAAAUUGUGGAAGAAAAAUGCUUUUUAACCAAGUAACUGGUUUUGGCCAAGGGACUGGUAUUCAUAAAUGUAUAACAUUUCUUAUAAAUGUUAUUUUCAAGGUUUAAGAAAAGUGUUCAAAAGAGCUUUGCAAAGCAAAGGAGGUUAGUAGUAACAAAAUAUAUAUUUAUAUUUAUAAUAUUAAAAAAAAAAACAUUUUGAAAGAUUUCCGUUAAUGUUUUAAUAUUUCUGGGGGGGGGUUAUUUGCUGUUCCUGGAUAUUGAAAGACUGCCUACCAAUAAAAUUUCAAUGAUAGUAAAAACAAAAAAAAAGGUUUGAGGCCUAGUUUAUAUUGUUAAUGAUGUAUAAACAUUGUAAGCUUCCUAUUGAGAUUUUGUAUUGGUUUUUGGUCUAUUGCAUUUCAUUUAGUUUUUGGUAAAAAAAAAAAAUACAAUAAAUAAAUAAAAAUGGUUAAUAAAUUUGAAAGAUUUUUUUGUGUCGCAUCUGGAAGCAGAAAGCUUUUGUAAUGUGUAGGAUUACUAUUAGAAUUGUGUUCCAAAUAGAAAUCUAAUAACAGUGAUAUGUUUAAUAUAAAUAUUUUACACAUUUUCCAAAUUACUAAUAAAGCAGUCAGUAUUUUAAAGUAAAAACAGCUAAAUAAAUGUUUUUUUGUUUUCUUAAUGUGAUUUUUUACCUCACUGAGCUUUUACAGUAAUUAUCAAAGAUAUGACCCAUUUUCUGGUAGCUGGACGGUUUAACCUUUGUUUAGGAAAAAAGUUAGUAUGAGAUUUGAAUGCAGAGUUUCUGCAUGUCACUAAAUAUUAAAAACAAAUAUGUAUAUGUUGAAGAUUAAACUUUAAUGACCUGAGAGUGGUUUCCCAACUAUUUUAUGGUAGCACGUUAAAAUAGGCCCUGUCUUCUUGUUGAACUGUAAAAAGACAGACAUAAGGGGACUACAUAAAAAGUGCAAUAUUAAUGGUCAUUAAAGUCUUCAUCUUCAGUUAGUUGCCUUAUUAGUAAUAUAGAGUAAUCCACAUUACUUUUAUAAAAUCUCUAAAAAAAUAAAUGAUGUACAAAUUGUGCAGGUUUUCUAUAAUAGGUUCCUCAGUAAGGCUUAUGUAACCUAAUAAUAAUUCCUGACUAGGAUGAAUUUUGUAAAUUAGCUUAUACUUUGUAAAUUAUUCUAUAUUACCAAUAUAUAAUGAUAUGUCUAUUGUAAGUUUAAAAUUCAUCAUAGCUAGAUUUAAGUUAUUAAAAAUAUCACUGCUAUUGUUUCUAAGUGGACUUGAAGCCUCACAUGUCAUUGUUGAAGAGGUGAAAUAUUGUGAUGUCAACAUAACUGUUUUUGUUUCACAAUUAAAACAACAAAGUUAUAGAAAGAAUAUUGUACAAAUUAAUCUUUGGAUUUUUCAACACAUACGUAGAACUAUUGGACAAAAAAUAAACAUGCUACAAUACUUUGAUCCUA